CAACUCGACGCGACCAACUCCCAGCCAGUGGCAGAAAUGGACAAGGACAAGGAGCCCGACUGGAAUGCCCUCCUCAAGGACCACCCCAUCUUCUCUCUCCCCAAGAGCGUCGCGGGCAUCGGCGGCAAGGGCGAAGCAUCCCUCCAGCUCUCCCUCAGCUCUCUCCCCGACUUCAAGGACGUCGACCCCCUCCACGAUGGUCCCACACCCUCCGGCAGACGGCAGGUCAUGGUCAUCAAGGACUCCGAGUUGAUAGUUGCUGCUGGAAGCGAGAUCAGGAUAACCACGCUGGCUGACACGAAGUUCGGUCGGGCUACGCCCAAGUCGUACAAGGUCCUGCACACACCCAAUGUACAGUUUGAGAUUCACCAGAUGACACUGAGUCCUCACGGGAAGCUGCUCGCUGUAGCAGGAGCUUUCCAGGUCGCUGUGAUAGUCCUACCUCGCGCCGGCUUCACCAAAGCGGUCCCCGCCACCAUCGACUGCAAGUCGCUCCAAGUUGGGCAAAUCUACCACGCCGCCGAUUCCUCUGCACCCGUGGCGAAGAUUGAAUGGCAUCCAUGGGGUGACGGCGGUACCACUCUCAUGGUGAUGACUAUUGACGGGAAGCUACGGGAGUAUGACGUCUCUGUGGACCCAGAAGAACCGCAGCAGGUUCUGUCCUUCGUCCCUGACAAGAAAAAGAACAGCUUCCUCGCAGACGAAGGAACAGAGCGGGAAGUUGCCUCUUUUGCCUUUGGAAAGGGGAAGGCAGAUUGGGGUCCCCUCACCGUGUACGCCAUCAUGCGAAGCGGCGACAUCUAUGCAACUUGCCCUUAUAUGCCUCAGAAUGCUUCGAUACCUUCUGCAUAUGUCCACGCACUCGAGUGCUUUGUCGCAGCAAAACAGGAAUAUCUCACCCAGUCCCAGGGAGAGGGCUCCUCUUCACGAAAAAUGACGCAUCUUUACGACUUCCAGUAUAGAUACGUCACAGCACUCUUGAAGCAACUUCCCCCAGGAACUGUCUACCCCGCUAUAUCUCGCCCUGUCCCCAUGCAUCCUCCAAGAAGUAUCAAGGCUCUUCCAGUGCGCCAGGGCCCCUUCCUGCUCCAGCCUUCGCCAAGGACUAUCGACGGCAGCGAAGGAGGCGACGCCACGGACAUUGCAUACAUGGCGUUUGGCAGCGAUGUAGAGGAAGGCGUCGAGGGAGAGACAGAGCGACUGGGUCUUGUGUUGGCUUCUUUCCAGGAUGGCAGAGUGGACGUCUACCUCGACGUGGAAAAGGUCGAAGCGAGAUGGGAACAGAAAGAGCGUCACGAUGGCGAUCUUCCAAUGCUUGCUGUCUACGAGACCGUUGACCUCGGAAUCAUUUCCACGCUCCAGAAGAUCUCUGCAUCGACGUCACAACGACUCGUGGACUUGGUCGAGGGUAAUCAUCCAGUAUUAUACCCCGAUCCCAUCAACCAAGACACCGUAUACGUCUACCACGCCUUUGGGAUUCAUGCUCUACAAUUCGAAUCGAUGCUACGGAGUCUGGCUCUUGCGCUUCGCGACGAUUCGUCGGACAAGGACGGUAGCUCGUUGGACACGUCGCUCCAAGUAUGUAAAGGAACGGAGGUUCACCCUAUCAUAUCCACAUUCGAUAUCGAAUCAAGGUCGUCAAGCCCUAUAGUAGGCGUAUCGGUGCCGGGCGAUGUGUACUUGACGUACAGCAUCUUCAUCUUGACAGCCGCCAUGCGUCUCACGGUAUUCCCUCUCAACCUGCGCUCAGAAACCCCUUACUCUGUAUCGUCAGAGUUCCCUGCACUGAAGGACAAGGCACCAUCACCGAAGCUGCUGCCUGCUCCUGAGCAGACGCAGUACGACAACCUCUUGGGCAGUGAGGUCUACUCCAUACCUGCUAUCCUCGCCAAUGCCCAGGGUCUACCAGCCUAUGCGCGACUAUCACUCCCACCUAACGCCAAAGCAGAGUUCAUGGUCACCCCGGACACGCUGCGCUACCUCGGCAAAGUGGCCGAGCACAUCACAUCCCAGAUCCGCGACGUCGUCCUCGCGCACCGUGUGGCGGAAACGCGGGCACAGCUGCAGUUGCAGGAGCUCCAACGGCAGCGGCAGCGGGUCAAGAUGAUGCUCGACAAAGUCGCGCAGUUAAAGGACAGCCGACGGGAACGCACCGUCAAGAGGGUGGAGGAGCUGCAGGCUAGCCAGAAGGCGAUCAUGGCGCGGGCAGACGCGGUCUUGCAGUCCAUGGUGCAGAAGGCGUCCCCAGCGCUGAGCGAGAACGAGUCGAAGUGGUUCGAGGAACUCAGGCGAAUGAAAGCGGAGGUGAUGGGAGUUGGCAAGUAUGACGACAGGGCGUUGUCCUCUCGGUUGAAGCUUCUCCAGAAGGAGGUUGACCGCCUCUUACCUCAGCUGAGAGAGAUGAAAGAAGUCGACCGAAGACGGCAGCAAUUACGUGGCUCCGAAAUGCUCGGGGUUACCCAGGCCUCGGAGCUUCGCAAGCGGUCUGGCGAAGAGCGCAAUAGGAUUGAAUCAAUGAGGAAGGAGUUGGUUCAGCUCGCAUCAAGACUCGACAUGACAUUAGAACCACCUCCUAACCUCAAGGAGCCGGCUGAUACUUGACAUGUCUUGCUACACCCUAGGGACCAGCUUGGAUUCUCAGCGCAUAUUUGUCACUCAACAUCACUGUACAUACUCCAUCUUGUUGUAUCAUACCCGCACUCGUAUUGUAUGUAUGACCCUGCCGAAGUGUAUCAUGACUUGGGACUAGGACGCGCGUAGUAUACGCGCGAUGC